UACCAUAUUUAGGGUUUUAGUAAGCUUUAUUUUUUUUUUUUGCUAGGAAGGGUUUUACUAAGCUGAAUAUUGGAAAACCCACUGAAAUGGCGGAUUCAAUUGGCAGAGCCCUACGUGAUGGUGCCUUGGAGGGAGAACACGCUCCAGCUCUCACUAUUAAGGAUUCAAUUGCUUCACCCUUUGGGUUCGACGUCUUCUCUCACGUCCUCACCCAGCUUUCUUCCAACAUUUUAGCCGGAAAGUCUCAGUCAAGAGGUCUAGUGCUCGUUGCGUUUUCUCGAAGCCCUUCAUUUUACGUGAAUUUUUUGAAGAGAAGAGGAGUAGAUGUUGCUUCUUCUCCCAAAUGGAUUGAGAUUUUGGAUUGUUACACGGACCCUCUUGGUUGGAAAUGUGGUUUAGUGGAGUCCUCAGAUGCUCCAAGCCUCUCUCGCGAAGUUUCCAACACAGGGACUAUUUGUAGGAAUGUGAAGGACGUAAAUGAGUUGUUAUCUAGAAUUAUCGAACUUGGUCAAGGAUUGGUUGGACAGGGGAAAUUUCGUUUUUGCACUGCAAUAGAUUCGGUAAGUGAAUUGUUAAGACAUGCGUCAAUGUCCUCGGUGUCAGGCCUUCUAAGCAACCUUCGUAGCCAUGAUCAGAUUUCGAGUAUCUUUUGGUUGCUGCAUUCAGAUCUUCAUGAGGACAGGGUCAUGGCUGCAUUUGAGUAUAUGUCCUCUAUGGUGGCCAGUGUUGAACCAUUAAAUCAAUAUGCAGGUGGACAGAGAGGUACUACAAAUAGCCUUUCUUUCCUUGAACAAAAUUCUGCUAAAGGGAAGUUAAAUGUUCGGUUCAAGCGUAGAAAUGGCCGGGUUCGAGUGGCGUCCGAGGAACUUCAUGUAGAGCAGUCUGGUGUAAACUUUAUGUCUGUUUCUCCCGAAGAUGGAGUAAUAAAUCAAGGUUUAAUCCCAAAGGUACAAUUUAAUCUUCAGCUGUCAGAGAAGGAGCAAAUUGAUAGGGCUAAUGUUGUACUUCCCUUUGAACAUCAAGGAAAUGGUAAACCAAUUCAAAUCUACGACGGUCGGCGAUCUCUUGCAGAUAUGAAUAUCGAGGAAACAGCUGUCUCAACCAAGAAAUCAGAAGUAAAUGAGUCUAGCAUGGGUGAGAUAAUAUAUUUCCGCGAUUCAGAAGAUGAGAUGCCAGAUUCUGAUGAGGACCCUGAUGAUGAUUUGGAUAUCUAACUGUGUUUACCUCUUGUCAGCACCGGAAACUGGUAAAUCAUUUUUUCUUUACCUGUAAUCUUUUGGGAAAUUAUAGUGAGAGUUGUUUCAGUUUUCCAUUUUAACAAGUGUUAAUGUAAGCUGUAACAAAUUUAUGAGGCUGAUUAAUUUAAUAUCCUGAAUACAAAUAUUUGAAGAAACAGUAGCGACAGAUCUCUAA